AUGGCCACUUCCUACGCAAACAGGGCACCGGCUAGCCACACGCAGACGCUCCCAUCAUUUCGCGAGCUCCUUCCACCGCACCUUCAUGAUGAAAUCGAUUCCUCUGCGUACUAUACUUCCCGCCACCAAUCGCAGGAACGCCCAGUAUCUGGCCAUCAAAUGGCCGCCGAUCCUAGAUCUAUUCCCGGCUACCCUUCAAACCCGCCUGCAGAAAUGACCUAUAGGGAGCACCCCCGUGAAUAUACUACGCGGACUGGCGAACAUCCAUCCCGCCCGAUGAGCGACCACCUGUCUACGAGAAUCAGCGACAGCACAUCACGAGGCCCUAGUCCGAGUCUGCCUCCAAUUCGAGACCUUGGAUCUAUGCCUGACCGCCAAGGUUACCCAGAUAGCAGGAUGGCGGCCCCGCGGUCCGACCCCUUCGCCGUACAGGAUUAUCACCCGGGCCAGCCGGGCUCAAUGCCGGGAGCGAUGGGAGAUCGACGAACUGCAGAGCCUUACGGAACUCCGAUGAUGCAUGCUCAGCCGGCCUACGGCGCCCCAGCAAUGGCGUAUGCGAGCGACGUGGAACAGAUCUCGGCGCAAAUGAUGACGCAUCCUCAACAGGCCAACUUUGGUAUUAUGGGCGACCCUAUUGAUCCCAAGACCAAGCGUCGGCGGGGUAAUUUGCCCAAACCCGUGACGGAUAUUCUGCGUGCUUGGUUCCACGAGCAUCUCGACCAUCCUUACCCUACUGAGGAGGAUAAGCAGAUGUUCAUGACUCGAACCGGCUUGUCUAUCAGCCAGAUCAGCAAUUGGUUUAUUAAUGCGCGGCGACGACAUCUGCCUGCCCUGCGUAAUCAAAUGCGCAGUGGCGACCACGAUUCUUCCCGGCAGUCUCCGUUUAGCGAUAUCGACCAGGAACUGCCCUCUCCCCGCCAUUAG